UGAUGAAGGCCUCGAAGCCCACAAAUAUAUGAUGGACACCAUCGACGAAUCUACAAAGGCCAGCUGCCUCGAUUGGUCCAACGAAUUCCAGGAACGGUGUAGUGCCCUCGCUGAGCAGAAUGACCGUAUUCUUGGCGUAUGCACUCCCUUCCUCAACUGUUUCGCUACUGAUCGUUAUGCAGGCGGAGAUCCCAGGGCAAGAUGGCUAUAAUACAGAACCUAAUUUCUUCCAUGGAAUGAAUCAACAUUCUCAAAUUUCGCGACCACGACAUCAACAACGCCACGGCCGUCUCAAAAGACUGAGGUUCGCUGUGAUGAGAACCCCUCGUUCAACUCCCCCGCCAGCAUCUGUAGCACCUACCACCUCAUCGCCAGUCGCUGCCGCUACCACCUUGAGAACUCACCUACGCCAGCUAUUCACCCGGCCACCCCAUCAUGCAACGCCUCCCGUCGCGGACGUUUCUUAUGCGCAGGGUUUACAGCGUUAUGCUGCAGCGGGUGCUCCUGGGAGUGAGCACUCUUUGAUACGUGAUGAAGACUAUCAUGGACCUCCUACACCAGACGCCAAUUUACAACAGCAACAGCAAUUAGGAGCAGUGCAGGCAGACCGUGGAGAACAUGGCGGCCGGUCCUGUUGUUGCUGCUAGGAUAAUUUAUGCAUGACCCUUGAGUGUCUCAGAUCUAUCGUCGAUCUUUUUAUGAUAUCUUCAUCGAGUUGGAGCAGUACAUGGUUUAUCGAUAAGCAAUAACUAUUGUAGAUCAUCUCUUGCCCUUGUAUUUAGAACCUUGCGUCCUUCGUAUCACGUAAAGUUGCUUGCGCAUCACAUUCC